AUGGGAUAGUAUUGCUGUGUUUAUGAAUAAAAUACUUAAGUACAAUAAGAAACUCAUUCUACUCAAUUGAUUAUGGAGAAAAUCAUCCAUAAUAUCACAAUAAAGUUAACCUAAGGGAAAUUGAUUGAUGAAAAUGUAGAUGCUGUUGUAGCUAUGGCUGAUCCUCAAUUUAAUGUCACCAGCCAUCUCUCACGGCAAAUCCUUAAAAUGGGUGGGAAACAAAUGUAUGAAAAUCUACUCAGUUGUUAGAGAAAGAAAUAGACUAUAGAUUUUGGAGAUGUUAUCUAUACACAUGCAGAAGAAUUAGAUUUUGAUUUUAUUUUCUUUGCACUCUUGCCACCGCUCUAUGAAAUCGAUUACGAUCAAUAAAUACGAAGAUAGAUGAGAUCAUUUUAAUAUAAUGGAGAUGAUUCUAUAGAGAGCAGCAUAUAGGAAUAUACAGGCUAGAACGAAAAAUAGUAUAUAUAGCAUUCCAUAAAGAAAACCCUUCUUUUAUGUAAUGAUUUGGGAUUAAGCUCUGUAAGUUUCCCUGUGAUUUCAUCUGAAGCUUAAAUAAAUUCAAAAUGCUAUACUGCUCUAGUUAUGCUUUUGACUAUUAAAUAAUUUAUUGAAGAAAAGCACAGCCAAUUAAAGAACCUAUAACUAAUCAACAUCACUAUUGCUGAUAAAGCAUACAUAAAGCCUUUUCGACAUGUUUUGAAUAGGUUGACUGAUGGGCAGUAAAUAGUUGAUUAUUAUGAAACACCUUAAAUGGGGCCGUAAGAGGACAAUUAAGUGGACUCGUUCGAAAAUGAAAUAAUUUAAUUUGGAAAGAUGUACAAAAAUAGGAAAGAUGAUAGAAGCAAAUAAUAGGAUUCCAUAUGA